CUCACAGAUCCUUUUCAAUCAAGAUCCACUACCUCUGCAAUGCCAAUCUUCCAAAUCCUUUUCCUCUUGCUCUUCAUCAUGUUGCCUUGUAACCAAAUGCACCCUCAGCCUACACAUCAGUUCCAGAAACUUUCAGCUCAAGAGCCCACUAGUAAAUUUGAUCGUAGACUUUCAAAACCUCUGAUUGGCUAUGGUGGGAAGAUUUAUGCAUGCUCUGAGAAAGAUUUAUUUGCAUUUCAAAGUAAAGGGUCUAUUGCUUGGACCAUACAUUUGAAUUAUACAUGCAAUGCUGAUAUUGCUCCAAUUUAUGGUGGUACAGAAAAGAUAUAUGUGGUUGCAGAGAACAGAAUAUUGAAGAUUAACUUAUUGAAGGUUGGAACUUCUGAACCAGCAGCACAAGUUUUCCUAAGUUUUGAACCGGAUAAAGAAAGAAAUGGUGAGAUUAUUGGGCUCUCUAUUAGCACCUUGGUAUCUUCUCUAUUUAUUAACAUCAGAAGUCGUGGACUCUUUGCAUACACAAUGCGUGGAAAACUGUUGUGGAGUGCUGGACCUGUGACUGAUCGAUUUGGCUACCGUCAGGGUUGUAGGAAGAAUGUUACAGAUUGCUAUUUUACUUCUGCCCCAGUGAUUGAUCAAUGUGAGGCUAGUAUUUAUAUCUCAAAUACAGAAGGAGAACUAUAUUCUUUGUCACUUCGGAGUGCCCACUUUAAGUGGAUACAGGAUUUUAGUUUGUUUGACAAAGUUUUCACUGUUACUCCCGGAAACAAUGGUCGUUUGUAUGUCAUUAUGCCAGUUAAGGCUCUUUUACUGGCUCUAGAUGUUGCUUCAGGAAAUGUGCUGUGGCAGGGAAGUAUUGGGCCGUUAAGUACAGCAGACUCUACACCUGUUGUUGAUUGUAAUGGUUGGAUAUCUAUUGGUUCUUUGGACGGGUUCAUAUAUUCAUUUUCCCCGAAUGGAGUUCUUAAGAAAUUCUCAAAAACAGUAGCAGUGGAUUUUGCCGUUCAAGUCAAUCCACUUCUUGAUUGCUCUGGCUUUGCAGUCUAUAUUUCUCAGACCGAAAUGGACAAUAAGAUUAGUCGCACAAUCAGUGAAUAUACGUAUGUCUCAGCAAUGAAACCCAAAAGUGUAGUUUUCACAUUGUUCGUUCCAGCAACUGGAUCCAUCUACUGGUCUGAAAGAUAUCCUGGGCAAGUCUCAUCAUCAUUGUUUGAGGGUGAUCUGCAGCAUUUUAUACUGGAUGAGAGAAUUCUUCUUGCAUUUUUUGCGGCAUCAAAGAUUGGAAAUCCGCUGACGUGCCGUUCCACACGUCAGAAGCUAAUGUCUAGCUGCUCUCAAGCAAAGCCCAAGUAUCUCAGCAUUUACACAGGUAAUGAAAGAACAGUGCUCUUGUUUCUACUAUUUGAAUCUACAAUCCUGAUGGUAUUAGCUGGACUCGUUCGAUUCUGCUGUAUAUUUUGGAGGAAAAAGAAACUUCAGGGUCAAGAGCUUGGAAGUUUUCUUGAAAAGCGACGUUCUCUCCAACUGAAAAAGAAAUCAUUCGAUGAUACAAUCACAGAGCUUGAACAAAAAGCUGCAGAAGAAGCUGUUACCAAUGAAGCACUUGAAAGAAUAAGUGAUUUAGUACGAGAAAGGAAAGAAAUAGAGAGGAAGCUCUCAACGACCUAUAGUUUGGGCAGGGAUAGAGUUAGCUCACGGUCAAAACCUCUACUUCCAUUGUUACAUGAUGGGAAAGCAAGAAGCUAUUCCUUUCAAGGUGCAGAAAAAGAGAGUGUCACAAUCUUCCACACGUUAAGUGACACAUCGUCGUCUAGAGAAAGCAGCAGCGAUGGAGAAGCUAGCCACCGGCAUUUCCUCGAAGAGGAGUUAGCAACCAAAACAAAGGCCAAGGCAAAGGCAAAAGUAAAGGCAGCAAGCAAUGAAGCGGAGAGUUCAAGUGAUGAUGAUGGGGUUUUUAAAAGGGACUUGUGGAGAAGUCCUUCAGAGCCAGCAACAAGCUCAAGAUUGUUUGAGGAGCAAAAUUGGAGGGACUGCAAGUUGCAUGGUGAAGAUGAAGUGGAAUCUUUAAAGACAAAUAGGAGUAGAAGCUUGUCAUUAAAGAAGAGAAGGGCCUUGUCUUCGACUAGCUAAAAACUAGCAAGUUGCAGACUCUAAUAGAAUACUUCUAAUCUGUUUGUCAAGUGCUUUAUAUUUACUGAAUACUGCUAUUGGCCACCAAAUUUGUAUAUCUGAUUUUUCUUUCCAAAUCUGUGGUAAUACAUUAGUUUGUAAAUAUAAAUAUCCUAAAUUUAUGAAAAGUGAA